AUGCGUGCACUAAAUAUUACAAUACCUAUUGUAGCUGAUCACGUAAGCUUUGGAGUCCUUUCAAAUAAAACAGAAUACCCUUUAUUUGUAAAAAUAGCUGGGAAUGAUUUUUAUAGGAAUAGUGUUUUAGCUGACCUAGUCGUUAUUUUUGGGUGGAAAAAUGUCAUUAUAAUUCCAGAAAAUAAUACUCCCAGUAUACAAACUUGUGCUUAUCUAAAAAAGCGUAUGGAAGCUGCCAAUGUCAAAGUGGUAAAUAACCUUGAAAAAACGAUGAUUAUGGAUAAUUACAAUCACAAUUAUUUUGAUGAGCAUAAAGAUUUAAUGCUUGGCCUGCUAAAGUACAAAACUCGACCGAUUAUUUUAGCUGUGACUCCUCCGUCUAUUUUUUAUUUUUUAGAAGACUUAUACAAUGUAGGAAUUCGUCGGGGAGACCUGAUUAUUAUGGUCCCGAGUAAAACUGCGUUUUUAUAUACAACUAUACCUAUUAAGCCUAUGCUGGAUAAAAUGUCAGAACUUUUAUAUGGCGGAAUUACUACAUGUGAAGCUGAGUGGAUUGGAGAAUUUGGCCAAAAUCAACUUAAAGGAUUUAAAAAAGUUUACCCAUACAUUAAUGAUGAUUUCAGAUGUUUUUCACUUGAUUCAGGGUGGCUGGUACUAAAUGCGCUGAAAUUUACAAUUGAUCAAGGAGAAGAUAUUUAUGAUCCUUAUUUGUUUAACAUUCGCUUAAGACAGCAAAGGUUUUUAGGCUGCUCCGGGAUAGUUUCUAUUAGUUCUCAGUCGAAUGAUAGGAAUUCAGCACCGAUUGGGAUUAAUAAUUUUAGAUAUGACAGUGUAAAUGAUAUUUUAUAUGAAAAAAUGAUAGCAUCUUAUGAUCAAGGAAGUUUACAGCUGUUUACGAUUUAUGAUGACAUGAAUUGGUAUGAUAAUACCACAAAUACACCAUCAGAUAUUGUAAAAAGUGAAAAUGACUGUCCGUUUAAGGAUAGUCAAAUUGAAUACUCAGCAAAAGGCGCUGGAAUGUUCUAUGGAAUUGCUUUUGGAAUUACUAUAAAUACAAUGUUUUUGACUUUUUAUAUAUGAAAAAGGUGGUGGAAUUUAGAAAUUCAAGUAUUAACUGAGCCAAGGCAAAUUCAAUUUGAAGAUUACAUAGCAAUGGCCAUUAUUUUAGUAGAUUUUUUGCAGUUUUUAUCAGUUGGACCAGAGAUAAAGAAUUAUGAUAUUUUUACUUAUACACUCACUCAUUUUGCUUCUAUUACUUUUAUGACUGAAGGGAAAUACCUAUGAAUCCAUUUAUAUUUUGCUAUAGGUGGCCUUUGUGCAUGGCUUUUGUUUGGGAUAACUCAUAUUUUUCGUAUUGGAGAAAAUUUGCAUAAUAGCUUUAUUGAUUGUUGAAAGAUCUUAUCAAAACUCUCAUUGCCUAUUCUUGGAAAUGCACUGUUUUUACCAAUUGUGUCAGUAUUUUUAAAUGUUAUUCAAUGCGACCAACAAAUUGGCUCAAAGUUGACCGAAACUUUUGUGAGAAAAGACUGUAACACUUUUUGCUGAAAAGAUUCCCAUAUUUUAUGGGCAACCCUCUCUAUAAUUUGCUUAAUUCUAUAUUUGCCUUUUGCAAUUUAUUUAAAGCCUCAUUGGGACUUCUAUGAAGAUUUUAUCAAUAUAAAAACGCGUCCACUUUUUUUGAUGGCGAAAAGUGUUUUCCAAGUCAGUAUUAUUGUUCUCAAUAAAACAGUAAAGCCACAAAGCCAAGCCCUUCAUGGACUCUUCUACAGUGUUUUAUUAUGUAUUUUAAUAUUUAUUUGUAUGAAAAAAAAGCCUUAUAAUGAAAGCCGCAUGAACCUUUGGCAAAUAAUUUCAUAUUUAGCCAUUUUAUGAAGCGUGGUUUUGUCUUCUUUAUAUUGAAUAAUUCCAACAAGGAUGCCAGAUGCUUGAAUAUUAUCAGAAUAUUUAGGCUGAAUUUUUUUAUUUAUUAUUGGGCUUUAUAUUCAGAAAAAUUAUUGCCUAAGCAUGCUUUUUAAUGAACCUGGAAUAAAUAUUGUAAAACUGUUUAGAUUUUCUUUAGGUAAAUCUAUAGAAGCUUCUGAAAUCAACAAAGAUCUUGAAGAAAAAAGAAAUAAGUAUAGCAUGCACUUAAGUACCUCUAGAAAUUUUCUCAGUAGCUCUGCACAUCAAGCAUUUAUGGAAAAGAAUUAA